GACAAAACAAAGUAUAAGGGAGUAUAAAAAGACAGAAAGUGAACACACAUGAGUAUUUGGCAGACACCGAAGUGGACAUAUCAGUGAGGGUGCAGUGCUGAACGAAACAAUGAAGCUGUUGAUCUUGGCAUUAACCGUCGCCAUGCUGUUUACAGCUGGUGAGGCUCUAAACUGCCAUCGCUGUGUCCCAAGAAAGGCCGGAGGCAAGUGUGAGCUCAGUGUAGAGACUUGUAAUCCGGAGAAGGAUGCCUGUGCUGCAGCCAGUUUCCUCAGACAACCAUAUGGCCAUUAUCAGAAAUGCAUGGCUCUGUCAGACUGCCAAAUGCUGAAGAUGAACGCCUACAUUGACAUAAAGUGCUGCACCGAAGACAUGUGCAACACCCUGUAAGAUUCCCAGUCAAAGAAAAUUUGUUCUACAGUGGAGGCUGAGCAAGGCACUUAACCCCCAAUGACUCCUGCAGCAGAAUGCUGCUGCUGCAGGCAGAUGUUGAGCACAAGGAGCUAUUAUUUCUUCGUG